AUGGAGAAUUUCUCUAAAAAAUUUUUCCCUUCUUUAUAUAAAAGAAAUAAAGGCAAUGAAAACCAGUUGAGCAGCAGUACCAACAAUAAUAGCAGCAAUAAUAAUAGCAAUAAUAGCAAUAGCAAUAUCGAUAAUAAUAACAAUAUCAAUAAUAGCAAUAAUAAUAGCAAUAAUAAUAGCAAUAGCAAUAGCAACAGUAAUAAUGAUAGCAAUAAUAUAUCGAAUGGUAUCGAACAAAAUUAUAAUACAAAUGAGAAAUAUAAUUUGCCACGUCAAGGAAUCGGAACAACCGAAUUAUUAAAUGCAGAUACUUCGGGGUUUCAAAAAAAGAAUCAAGAUGUUAAUGAAAAUAGUUUUACUGACUUGGCGGAGAAUUGUAAAAGGGAAAAACAUAUGACUACUUUGGAAAAGUCGAAAAGCAAAAAUAGGGAAAAUAAAGAAAAUCGAGAAAAUAAAGAAAAUAGAGAAAAUAAAGAAAAUCGAGAAAAUAAAGAAAAUAGAGAAAAUAAAGAAAAUAAGAAUAAUGGCGAUAUUAGCAAAGAUUUAUCUAAAAGCGAAAUAAAAAGUGAUGAUCACUUAAUUAAUGACUCUAAAAAUCGAAAAGAUCAAAAUUCUAAAGUAAAUUUAAAAUAUGAUGAAAAGGAGGCAACAGAAGAAGAUAAGCAAAACUCGACUGUCCGUGAUAAAAAUAAAAAAGAUGCAGAAUCAAAACGAAGUCAAGAAAACAAAAAAAACAAUAUCAAUAAAGGUAAAUAUGAUGAAGGUAAAUAUGAUGAAGGUAAAUACGAUGAAGGAAGUGAACAAAUGGAGAAUGAAAAAAAAAAAAUAAAUAAGGAAAAAAUAAAAAAUAGGGAUAAAGAUGUAAAGGAUGACAACUCAAAAACUUGUACUAUGGAUGACAGAAAUAUUAGCAUAAAUGGGGAAUGUAUUGAAAAUCUGAAUGAUUCAGAAAAUAAUAAUGGUAAUAAAAAUGGUAAUAGUAAUGAUAAUAAUAAUGGUAAUAAUAAUGGUAAUAAUAAUGAUAAUAAUAAUGAUAAUAAAAAUGGUAAUAAUAAUGAUGAUAAUAAAAAUGGUAAUAAUAAUGAUGAUAAUAAUAAUGAUGAUAGAAAAACAGCAAAAAAAAUAAAAAUGAAAAAAAUUGAAAUAAAUAAAAAAGAAAAUGAUACAAGCGGGUAUAGCCCAAUAAAUAACGAUCUAAAUAAUAAUAAUAAUAUUAUGGUAAAUACAAGUAAUAAAAUAAUAAAAAAUGAAAAUAACAUAGAAAAUAAAUCUGUCAAUAUUUAUAUAAAUACAAAAAAUCAAAACAUAAUUUUUAACAAUAAUGAUAAUACAAAUAUUCAAAUAAUUCAAAAUAAAAAUAAUUUAACAUAUUAUUAUUCAGGAAAUAAUAAUCAUAAUUCAUAUAUGACCGAAAUUAACAAUUCUAAAAAAUAUAAUAAUGAAUUUGAAAGUAAUACAUAUAAAUUAUGUAACGCUACUAUUGAUACAAAUGAAUCUAACACUCUUCAAACAAAAAUUCAAAAUAUAUAUUCAUCUAAUAAUAAUAUAAAUCAAAAUUUAGCAAAUGAUAGUAUCUUAAAACAUGAUGGAAUAAAAGAAACAUUUAUUAAUAAUGUAAAUUAUAAUAAUUUUCCAAAUCAUGCAAAUAUGAAUAUGAUAGAUACUAUUGAGAAUAGUUCGCCAAUAUUAACAACAGAUAAUAGCAAUAGCAAUAGCAAUAACAAUAACAGUAACAGUUAUAAUAGCAACUAUUAUGCAAACAUGUUUAAUGAUUUGAAUUAUGUUCCAAGAUUGAAUAACAAUUAUAUAUCACAAAAUACUAAUGAUAAUACCUUACCAAAUGAAGCAGAUUCUUAUAAUAACUUCCCUUACGUGAAUACAAAAAUACGUACUUUAGGAAAUAAUGCAUUAUUAAAUGGCCACAGAAAUAAUGUUAAAAAUAGAUAUAAUUGCAUAUCUGAUAAUAACAAUAUUAACAAUAAUAAACAUAAUACAAACGUUAUAAAUGAUUUUUUUGUAUAUAAUAAUAUAAAUAAUGUAUAUAAAGAUCCAGUUUCAAAUAACGAUCAUCUUUCGAAUGGUAAUACUUCACAUUACUCUGGUCAGAAUUUUGAAAUUUUUUCAAUGGGGAUGAAUGUAGAUGAAAAUAAUAUGCAUGCAUCUGGUAUUCUAGAUAAUUCUUAUACAUAUAUGAAUCCAUUUAAUUCUGAUAAUACAUUUACUUGUAAAAAUUUAGAUAAUUUAGUCAAUUCUAAUAUCUCAAUGUUUAAUGGAAAUAUAACUGAUAAUAUACCAAACAGAUAUGUAAAUCAUGCCAACUUAAAUUUUUCCAUUUUUAAUGAAAAAGAAAUGAAUCCAAAUCAACAAACAAAUGAUGAUUUCAUAAAUGAUGUAAAUUAUGACGUAUAUUCAAACUAUACUCAAAAUAAUCACGGCCACAAUAACAGCUCUUAUACUCAAAAUAAUCAAAAUAAUCAAAAUAAUCACAACCACAAUAAUAGCUCUUACAAUCACAACCACAAUAAUAGUUCUUACAAUCACAACCACAAUAAUAGUUCUUAUAACAGCUCGUAUAACAGCUCUUAUAACAGCUCUUAUAAUAUGCCAACUAAUUCAAGAGGGUCAUUUUUUCCAAACCAUAAUGUAAAUUUUAGUCUCGAAAGAAAUACAUUUUUAAAUAAAAACUCAACUGCAAGUUUUGUUUAUAAUAAUUUAAAAAGAGAUGAUAAUAUAAAUGAUAUUUAUGAUGAAAAAAAAAAACUUUUCGAUGUUUUAAAUUCAGCAAAAUCAAGUAUUAUUAUAGAAAACGAUCUAAUUAAUAAUAAUAAUUUUAGCUCUUCAUUUGAAACAUCAAAUAAUCCAGAAAAAACAAAAUCAGGAUUUAUUUUUGAUAAGAACAUAGAUCAUUCCAAAAAAAAAACAUGCACAGUUAAGAUUAAAAAAGUUAGUGCGCUCAAUUUGGAGCCCCAAUCUGGCCUUACCUCAUACGGCGGAAAAACUGAAAACAGCGAAAAUAACGAAAAUAGAGAAAACAGCGAAAAUAACGAAAAUAGAGAAAACAGCGAAAAUAACGAAAAUAACGAAAAAUGUGGCAAAGGCGGUUGCAAUAAGCCGAAUAAAGCAAACAUUUUCGAUGUUGCUAAAAAGAAAAAAUAUGUUGCUGAAAUAAUUAGAUGUGAAUUAAUAUGGGGUCCAUCAAAAAAUAAAGAACCCAUAACUCCAGUAGAAAAUUGUGAAUUACAUCCAGUAGUAAUUAUAAAAGAUGAAUUAGGAAAUUUAUAUGAUGAUGAUGAAGAUAAUGAAAAUAAUCCUAUUGGGAAAACGGUUAAUAUAUUUUACAGAUGGAGUAGAGGCCCUCCAAGAACAGUAUGUUUUUUUCAUUCUCAAAAAAUAGGGCAUAUACAAUGUACAUUAACAUUUCGUUGUUUUUGUUCAUAUAAUUGUUUUAUGAAAGGGUUUGAAGAUAUACAUAAAUAUUACAAAAGUAAUGGUUCUAUAAAUAUACCAUCUCAUUUUAAUUUACAUACAUAUGGGGUAUCAUGUUCUUCAUUUAAUUGGGAAAACUAUGAUGAGAAUAUUGAAUUUGAUGAGACACAUUACAAAGGUCUAAUUAAUUCAGGUUUAAUAAAUGUAUCUGGAAAAGAAACUUGGAAAGUUAUUCAUAAUGAACGAAAUUAUAUUCCUUGUGUAAAAGAUGUUGGACAUCAAAUAAUGUUAGAAACUAUGAUUCUUGACAAAAGGGCUAUUACAUCUACUUCUAAAACUGAUUCUUCAGACAGUUCUGACCACUCUGAAAAUUCUGACCACUCCGAAAAUUCUGACCAUUCUGAAAAUUCUGACCACUCCGAAAAUUCUGACCAUUCUGAAAAUUCUGAAAAAUUGGCCAAUUUAAAAACCGAUUCUAUAGACAAUAUUAACAUUAUAAAAGAACGAACAGAUAUAGAUAAAGAAAAUAAAAUUAGUAUUUCACAAAAUAAUAUAACACAGAUUAAUAAAAUAUCUGAAACAAAUAAUACUGAUCUUACAAUUUCAAAUGUUGAUGAUUUUCAAGUUAGUAGUACAAUGGACACUAUUGAAGCUAGCCUAGCAGAACCCGAUACUUCAACUCGUUUUUCUAUUCCUUUAAUAUCCUUAAAAGAAUCAAAAAAAAACCAACUAAGAAAUAUAAAUUCAGAUGAAAGUACAGAACCUAGGUUUAGUGAAAAAGAACCCCUAAACCCUAAACCCUUAAAUUUGGAUGAAAAAAAAAGCCUAGUUUUAACUACACAAAAUGAAUUAGCCAAUAAAAAUAAAAAAAAUAAAAUAACUUCUGAAACUACUACACAAAAUGAAUUAGCCAAUAAAAAUAAAAAAGAUCAAAUUAUCAACAAAAAUAAUAAAAAAAAAAAAAAAAAAAUUUAUGUAUUAGAUGAUAACAUAUGGAAUAGUAUAAAUGAUCCAAAUAUAUAUCACAAAAUAAUAACUGGAUGUUGUAUACCUAAUAUUCAAAUAAUGCCAAAUAAUAAUAAUAUAACAUCUUUUAAAACAUUAAACUCUUCUGAUAAUCAAUUUACAGUUAUGACUUGGAAUAUAUUAGCUGAAAUUUAUGGAACGUCUGAAGCUUUUUCUCAUUGCGAUCCAUACAUGCUUUCAUGGUCUUAUAGAAAAACAAAAAUUAUUCAAGAAAUUCUUAAUUAUCGUCCCGACAUUAUAUGCUUGCAGGAGAUCCAAAACGAACACUUCCUCGAAUUCUUCAAGCCGUGCCUGAGCCAGUACGAAUAUCAAGGCGCUUAUAAACAAAAAACAAAAGAAAUUUUUACAUCUCCUUCUGGGAAACAUAAAGGAGGUAAAUAUACUAUAGAUGGGUGUGCAAUAUUUUUUAACAAGAAAAAAUUCAAUUUUGUUGAAAUAUAUGCAUUAGAAUUUAGUAAGCUAAUAAAAGAAGGUUCAGUAAUUUCUCUUCCAAAAGAAGUUCAAAAAAAUCCAGCAUUGUCAAAAGGAUUAUUAAAAGAUAAUAUAGCCUUAGUAUUAUUACUUGAAUAUGUUGAAAAUAAUAAAAUAUUAUAUGACUCUGAAAAAUGGGAAAAAAAUAAUAAUCCACAUUUUGAAAAUAAAAAAAAUAAAAAAAAUAAAAAAAAAAUGGUAAUAGUAUCAAAUACACAUAUUAUUGCAAAUCCAGAAGCAACAUAUGUCAAAAUAUGGCAAACACAAAUAUUAGUAAAAGUUAUAGAAUAUUUAAAAAUAAAUUUUAUACAAAAAUAUGAAAUUAUCCCAAGUAUUAUUAUAUGUGGUGAUUUUAACAGUACCCCAAAUAGUGCAGUAUAUCAAUUAUUAUAUAAAAAAAAAUGUUUCCCAACUCAUAAUGAUAUACAUUCCGAUGAGCAUGGAUUACUAAAAUAUCUUCCUAUGUCACAUAAUUUAAAUAUUAAAUCUGCAUAUGCUAUUUCUAAUUUUUUAUCACAAAGAAUAAAUAAAGAAGAAUCCAUAAAUAAUAUUAUUAUUAACAAUACAAUUGAAUUAGAUAAAUUUGAACCCGCAUUUACAAAUUAUACUUCAAAUUUUAUAGGAUGUUUAGAUUAUAUUUUUUAUAAUGAUGAAGAUUUAAAUAUUAUCUCAACUGUAAAUAUACCAAAUGAAACACAACUAAUACAAGAAUCUCAAAUAUACCAUUUAUCUACUUCUGCUUUACCAAGCCCAGUAAGGCCGUCUGACCAUUUCCCAUUAGUAGCAAAAUUUGAAUUUAAAUUUUUAUAA